AGCAACACGGCAAGUUCCGAAUCCUCAUCUAUGUUUUGUUUGGCAACCAAGUAAGUGUCAAAAGUCAAAGGUCAAAAUUAACAACCAGCCAUUCACAACAUGAGUCACAUGACACUUCAUCUUCCGUCAUGGCUUCAUUCAUUAAAACUGACUAUAUAAUAUAAUAUUACCACUAACUGUAUUUUACUCGAAAGCAAGAAGCAAUAUUCGAGAUUUUUGCUAAGCGCAGCGUGUAUAUAAAGAUAUCGCAUUGACGUUACAAUGUGAUAUCUCAAACAAUCAUUAUCUUAAAUGGAGAUGGACUCAAACGAGACUCAACCAAAGGUGGUUGUUUCAUCACCGGCGAGAAGAAUAUCACUCCGACAAAUGACUCUCUCCGACGUUGACCACUACAUGGUUUGGGCCACAGACGCUAAAGUCGCACAAUUUUGCUCAUGGGAGCCUUGCACGAGCCGAGAAGAAGCCAUCACAUACAUAACUGAUUCGGUCUUGACACACCCAUGGCUCCGAGCCAUCUGUUUGGAGGACGACCGUCCCAUCGGCUACAUCUUGAUCAUGGCGGUUGAUGACAUCAGGAAAGAGAUCGGUUAUGUGCUAGCUAGAAAGUAUUGGGGAAAAGGGUUCGCUACGGAGGCGGUGAGGCUAGUGACGGCGGAGAUAUUCAAGGAAAUGCCGGAGAUCGAGAGGCUUGAGGCACUAGUAGACGUGGACAAUAUGGGAUCUCAAAGGGUUCUUGAAAAAGUUGGUUUUACUAGAGAAGGUGUGAUGAGGAAUUUUAUAAUAAUGAAAGGAAGUGUUAGAGAUAUGGUCAUGUUUAGUUUCUUGCCUUCUGAUCCGUUGAAGUAAUUGAUCAACAAAAAUAUCAGUUCAGAUUAUCUAUAAUGUUGGACUUUUUCUAUGAUUCAUCUGUAAAACAUGAAAUAAAGUAAUAAACUCUGUUACUGUGA